UUCAGACCAUUUGAGGGAGAGAGAGAGAGAGAGAGAGAGAUGAGGCUGCGGUAUGCGAUGGUGUGCUCUUCGAACCAGAACCGGAGCAUGGAGGCGCACUCGCUGCUCAAGCGCCAGGGCUUCGAAGUCGCCUCCUACGGCACCGGCGCUCACGUCAAGCUCCCCGGCCCUUCUCUCCGGGAACCCAAUGUCUACGACUUCGGCACCCCUUACAAGGUCAUGCUCGACGAUCUCCGUCGCAAGGACCCCGACCUCUACAAGCGCAACGGGAUUCUCCCAAUGCUCAAGAGGAACUCUAGUGUCAAGACGGCUCCUCAGCGAUGGCAAGACAAUGCCACCGAUGGAGUCUUCAAUGUUGUCCUUACAUUUGAGGAGAAGGUCUUCGAUAUGGUUCUUCAAGAUUUGAAUAAUCGAGAGCAGGUAUUGAUGAAAACUGUGCUUAUCAUCAAUCUGGAAGUGAAGGAUAAUCAUGAAGAAGCUGCUGUUGGGGCCAAGCUCGCUCUGGAUUUGUGCCAAGAGAUUGAAGCAGUGGAAUGCUGGGAAGAUUCAAUUGACAAUAUUGUUAUGGCUUUUGAGAAUAAGCACAAGCGAAAACUCUUGUACAGCAUUUCCUUCUAUUAGUUUCAUUAAUUCUUACAUUCCUGUACCUUUUAACUCAUGAAAAGUGGCUUAUGCCAAUUUAUUCA